GACAAAAUUCGCGAUUAAUUCCGCGAUUAAUUCUGCGAGAAUAUCUCCGCCACUAACAAAGUCAAUUACAGCCACUUUGCACUUGGACUACCAAUCGUUAGCAACUUAGUAGCCAGUUUAGGAUUUUUCUCUGAUACGAAGAUUUCCAAUUCUAACUGGGUUGACUGCACGGAGUCGACCCCAGAUUUCCCUCCACAUUCAACUUAGAUCGGAUGUCGAUGUGUAUAAAUACUUUAGAACUACAUCCUGGAGUUAUGGCCAGCAUUUUGAUAUCCUAUUCUCCUUCUCAUUAUCACCUUGAUACAUACCAUACAAAAUUUUCAAUAUGGAGAAAGACCUCGAUGCCUCCCACCUCGAAUCCACGCAGGACUCGUCUGAGGCUCAGGUCAUGGAACGUAAUGCCAACGAAGCCAUUGACGUCCAAGUCCAAAUGGGCUUCUAUGAAGCAGUCCGACUUUAUUCCAUGGCUGUGGUCUGGUCCCUGGGGUUGUCUACAGCAGUGAUCAUGGAAGGCUAUGCAGUCAUGCUGCUUUCCAGUUUCUAUGCCCUGCCACAGUUCAACCGUAAAUACGGGCAGCUACAGCCCGAUGGCUCCUAUGUAAUCCCUGCAUCUUGGAAAUCCGGCCUCUCGAAUGGGGCUCUCUGUGGUGAAAUCCUCGGCCUCUUUUUUACGGGUAUCAUUCAAGACCGAUUCGGAUACCGUAUGACUAUCCUCGCUGCGCUCUGCCUGAUCACGGGGUUCAUAUUCAUUCCCUUCUUUGCACAGAAUGUGGAGAUGCUGCUUGUUGGAGAAAUACUAUGCGGAAUCCCCUGGGGCGCCUUUCAAACCGUUACUACCGCAUACGCCUCCGAAGUUUGUCCUGUCGCUCUCCGAGCCUAUCUGACCACAUAUGUCAACCUUUGCUGGGUUAUUGGGCAGUUCUUGGUUUCUGGCGUGUUGAAGGCUGUGCUUGAACGACAGGACCAAUGGGCAUAUCGAAUUCCGUUUGCAGUGCAGUGGAUAUGGCCUGUUCCCUUGGUAAUAAUAUGUAUAUUGGCCCCGGAGUCUCCUUGGUGGUGUGUUCGUCAUGGCCAGGUGGAGGAAGCACGCAGGAGCCUAAUACGAUUGACGAGUCGCUCUUAUAACAUGGUCGAGGAGACUCUUAGUAUGAUUCAGUACACUGAUCAACUUGAGAAAGAAACAACAACAUCCACUUCCUAUUGGGAAUGCUUCAAGGGAGAGAAUCUGCGGCGCACGGAGAUUGUGUGUUUAACCUGGUUGAUCCAAGUCAUCUGUGGCUCACAACUGAUGGGAUACUCAACUGUGUUUUAUAUUGCAGCAGGACUUCCAGAGAGCGCCUCGUUCAACAUGUCGCUGAUCCAGUAUGCACUAGGAGCAGUCGGCACAGUUCUUUCCUGGUUUUUGAUGGCCCGCGCCGGACGACGGACCAUUUAUUUGUAUGGAUCAUUUAUUCUUUUCUGUCUCCUCUUAAUCAUCGGGAUGGUGUCACUGGCUCCGCGCAGCAGCAGAACCAAUUGGACUAUUGGGGCACUGCUAUCAGUUUUCACUUUCGUAUAUGACCUCACUGUCGGCUCUGUUUGCUAUUCCCUUGUCUCUGAGCUUUCAUCGACCCGUCUGCGAGCUAAAUCGGUGGUUUUAGCUAGGAAUUUGUAUAAUAUUGGCGGGAUUGUCGUCAAUAUUUUUAUCAAUUACCAGCUAACCACAACAGCGUGGAAUUGGGGAGCCAAAUCAGCUUUUUUCUGGGCUGGUGUCUGUUUCUGUUGUGUUGUCUGGAUUUUCUUCCGUCUCCCAGAACCGAAGGGUAGGACUUAUGCGGAACUUGAUGUCCUUUUCGCACAGAAAGUCUCUGCCCGCGACUUUGCCUCGACUCAGGUGGAUGUCUUCCGGUCAACUAUUGUUAGGAAGGGUUGAUAUAUCUAGUGCAAUCCCAUCUCUCAUGAUCUGAAAAUGUAGCUUCUUCAUGUACUUCACGAGGCAUGUCAAAGGGGUCGCUAUAACAGAAAUAACAUGCAGCUAACCGUCUCCCUAGAGGUACAGCAAAUUUCAUAUUAGAGUUUGGAGUCAACGAAAGGUAUUGUUGAAUAGCGCUAAGCCUGUCUAAAUCUUGUGCAAUCGAUUCUGUCCAUCCGUUUAAUUUCGCGGAGCAAUUUAUAAAGUCCGCUAGAUUAUCACCCACAUGGUGAAUUUUUUCAAACUAGGAAGCAUUAGUUUGAACACGAAAAAUACAUCAUAUUACUCACAAUUCCCAAUCCGUGAACCUCCA